AUGUCCCACCCCUGGCAGAACACACAUGACAUGAAAGAGGAGGCUGGCUUCAAGACGCUUCGAGUCGAGCCGUCCCCCCUUUGCGCUAGACCUUACUUGUCGCUCUCACGCCACGAAGGAGAGCGAGAGGGAAUCGGCCACAUGGGCCGUCUGGUACGCUGGCACCUAUUGAGGAGCGUUGUCGAGGUUGUGAGCGGCGGGAAUAGCUCGUUCAAGAUUGUAUCCUCCGUGCUCCGGGAUCUGAGUCGGCCUCGCCGUUCAACCGCAUGGUUCAAUGCGCUGAACGCUGAGACAGUGCCAGCAAAGACAUGGAAGUAUCUCGACCGUGGUCAAUCAGGGUCUCUUCGCCUCCUAAUCCUUCUCGAGGCCCUGACUGCUCUCCUUACCAGUGCCCGGCGCAAGAGACUGGAGCCGACGGUGGCAUCGCAUCCGUUGGGUCCAGAAAUCGCCGGUACGACUUUCGGGGGACGACGCUCAGAGGACGCUCAGAGGGCCCGCGCCACCCGCAGCUUGGCUCCAGCAGGGCCCGCCUCCGCUGGACGGAGGGCUCGCAGUGGCUGUUUUUGGCUCUGGGCUGCCCUGUCCGUGGCCCGUCUAGCGGCCCCGUUAGUGGCCUGCGCUGGCCGAUGCGCUGCUUGCGCCUGCACUCCCCACUGCCCUACAUACAAACUCCCUGUCGCCCGCUUCUCUCCCCCGUUUCUUCUCCAUUCCAGUCACUUUGCGCCGUUGCCUCUGAGCCCGCGAUCCCACCCGUGGGGAGAGGCUGAGUCUGUGAUUGCGAACAGCUGCAUCGCUCUCGCCAGCUGCUGGACCGCCAGCCUUUGCGCCUCAGAUCGCCCCGUGGACGACUUUCCUUGGGCCCGGAAACCCCCUUGCCUCGCUUCACCGCACCCGCCAGAGCCAGGACUGAAGCAAUACCCACACCGCGGCGACCAGGGAAAAAGGGACCCAAAGCCCAUUCUCGCGCGCCUCCUCCAGUCGCGACGACGUUCGCAUCAGUUACAUGAGUGCUCAAGACUGAGACUGCUCGACGAAGCUCAUCCUGCCGGACCCGCGCCGCUCUCUCGGGCGCAUCCGCAAUCAAGGCGCAUCGGCUCGUGGACGCUUCAGACAAAACAACAAUUGCUGCGCUUUUUCGCCCAACGUAUUUUCGACGCCGACUGGUCGCGCCACGCCCGUUGCGCAGGACAAUCAAAGGAGGAACAAGAAGAACAGAAGCAGGAACAGAAAUAG